AUGGCCUUGCCGGCCUUCGUGCACACGGCGGCGGCCAGGAGCACCUGCGGGAGCGGGGCGCUCAGCGCGGCGCCGACCGACGAGAGCUCCGAGAGCGACUCGGCCGACGACGAGGAGGAGGAGCGCGGCGCGGCGCCGGCGGGUGCCUACAACCCGGCCGACUACGACUACCUGCCCGUGUCCAGCGAGGUGAAGGAGCUCUUCGAGUACAUCCGGAGGUACACGCCCCAGGCCAUAGAGCUGGAGCACAAGCUGCAGCCUUUCAUCCCGGACUUCAUUCCCGCCGUGGGAGACAUCGACGCCUUUUUAAAGGUGCCGCGUCCGGAUGGCAACCCUGACAACCUGGGCCUGCUGGUGCUCGACGAGCCCUCCACGAAGCAGUCGGACCCCACAGUGCUCUCUCUGUGGCUCACGGAGGACUCCAAGCAGCACAACCUCGCACAGCAGAUAAAAGUGAAGAGCAUAGAGAACGCAGAGAAGAACCCCAAGGCUAUUGACAGCUGGAUCGAAAGCAUCACAGAGCUGCAUCGCUGCAAGCCUCCCGCCACUGUGCACUACAGCAGACCAAUGCCCGACAUUGAAACUCUCAUGCAGGAGUGGUUGCCGGAGUUCGAAGAGCUCCUGGGAAAGGUGAGCCUGCCAACCGCGGAGAUAGACUGCAGCCUGGGCGAGUACAGCGACAUGAUCUGUGCCAUUCUGGACAUCCCUGUGUACAAGAGUCGCAUCCAGCCCCUGCACGUGCUCUUCUCCCUCUACUCGGAGUUCAAGAACUCACAGCACUUUAAAUCGCUGGCCGAAGGGAAGGCGGCCGGGAGCCCUCCUUCCAACCCGGCCUCCCAGGCAGCAGAAGUGCUGAGCUUCACGUGAAGCUUCGCCUUACAUCCCCUUCUGCUGCCUCCGUAUCUGCGGCAACUUCAGAAGUUCCACCAAAGCACCUUGCAAGGCAAAGCACAGCAAUCCAAAAGACUCCCACCUUUCAGGGACACUGCUAGGGAAUCAGAGGGUAGGAUUUGAGCCCUGGCAUGUGUUGCAGAAGCUGCCUCAUCCUUCCCU